CACAUGGCACAAGGUUUGGGGGUGUCCACGUGGCACAGGGUUUUGGGGUGUCCAUGUGGCACAGGGUUUGGCGGUGUCCACGUGGCACAGAGUUGGGGGGUAUCCACGUGGCACAGGGUUUGGUGGUGUCCACGUGGCACAAGGUUUGGGGGUAUCCAAUGGCACAAGGUUUGGGGGUGCCCACGUGGCACAGGGGGGUGCAGUUCACUCGCUGUCUUCUGUGCCUUGACUUCCCCUCUGCACCCCCAGUCCCCUCUGUCUCCCCCCAGGACCUCGUCAAGCCUUCCACGAGAACGGGGCUCUGUUUGUUCACUACUCUGUGCCUCUCGUCAUUUUAAGGCAAAGCACGUCCUUUGGUGUCCCAGAUGGGAAGCUGGCAGGUUUCCGGAACGUGCUGCUCUUUGCUUUGGGGUCCAGAACGACAGGCCGAGGGGCGUCUCGCCGGGGACGGCCUGUCCUGCACACUGUCCCCGCCAGUCCGCUCUCUGCCCGCCCUGCCCGUGUCCGAAGCGUGGAAACGCGUCACUCACUAACCUGGCCGCCUCGUCUGGGUGACGGUGAUGUCGGGUGCCGCACAGAGGUGAUUUGUCGGGCUCCGCGGGUGGAGGAGACGGUUGGAACAAGGGCACAAGAAAAUCUAUUGUGAAUUAAUAGCGACAGAUCCAGGCAGAUGGGGAAAGUGAAAAGCUAAUCAAAGUGCAGAUCAAGGAGGUGGAAAAUGAAGAUUGAGGAUAUGAAGCUCUCGCGGGCGUCCCGGUGGUUGCCGUCUGCAGCUCCCCGAUUGCCUUUUGCACGAUUUCGGUGGUGCCUUCUCAGUCGUUGAGACCCUUCCCGGGCCCUGUACCGCGUGGCUGGAAUGUGCUGUCAGUGGAGAGGCGGGCUGAUGAACUCAGACUCCCCGCCGUCCCCUGUAAACGCUGCGUCUUGGAGGACGGAGGGCGUCCUGAGCCACAGACGGGCGCUGGGGAAGCUGUCUGUGUCUCCCUCCGAAACCAGUGCCCGGCACGCGGAUGAAAGGAAUCUUGGCGUUCGUGGCAUAGCGUAAUAGAAACAGAGAUAGGUCGGCCUGAGUUCCUGCCCUAUUGGUGACUCUCCCUGGGUUACUGCAGAUGUCACCAGGAUUUACGUGCAAAAUGACCCACGUGCUGCUCUGUGCAGUGUGACGCCCCCGGGAGGCUACGCGACAAUCAGCCACCCACGCCCGUACCGCACGCCGUCUGGCCACCGCAGGCAGGCACAGAGGCCUUGAGGGCUGAGGGAGGAGCCGCCUGGAGGUCAUCGGGCAUCCACUGGGAGACCCUGCCCCCCAGGGCUGUAGCCGUGGCUGUGGCAGUGGCAGUGCACGGAGGCUUUACUGUGUGUCACCACCUCCAGUGGAUGCUGUGGGCGUCGAGGGGGUGCAGCCUGCGUGCUGCUCGCCAUCUGCUCCCGGGCGCACAGGACGGUCCCAGGCAGGAAUGACGUGGCGCAAAUGUCCACAGCUCUGGGCCGGGGGCCUUAUCCUGGGACGGCUGUCCACAGUGGCCGAGGGUCCGUCGCCAGAUGUGCUGAGGGUGCGAGUUUGGUUUGGGCGCCCAAAGACUGGCCUUUCCUGUGCGCUCCAGGCUCCUGCUCGACCCCAACUCUGGGUGAGCCUGCAUGCUCCCUCGGUCCCUGCCCGCGUGACCUGCUCACCAUGCCUGGGGUCCUUGGGCUUUGCUGCUCUGCUUCUGGAGGACAGGUCCCGUCACUGUCCCCACCCCCCCACCCCCCCAGGGGUCCUGGGGAGCCACUUCAGCCAGCCUCGGGUGUCCAGGCCACGGCUUGGAGCCAGUCCGCACGGCCAGCUCCGGGGAGCCACGCCAGUGGGCCCCAGGGACGCUGAUGUCGGGCCCUGCCGGUUGGCCAGGCGGCAGCCAGGCCCGAGAAGGCUCGGCCUCCGCUCACUCCGCGUCUCUUGGCACCCACAUGUAAAAUAAGAUGCAAUGGGUGAGCUGCUGAAUUUCAUACCACGGGCGUUCUCCCCAUUCAGGGAAGGGAGAGUGCUGUGCGCGGGAGUCUCCUGCCACAGCGUGUCCUGAGCCGGGCCCACCUUGAUGAGGACUGGCAGGGCAGGGGAGUGGGUGAGGCCCGGGGAGGCCGUCUGCAUGCGCCCCGGGUGCGCUGCCACAGAACACAGGCAGGCUGGCCGCGUGUGGUGCUCACAGGUCACACGCGGCCCCAAACCUCUCCGUUCUGCUGUUUAGGCUUCUGGACGCUUCUCACUGCUCACUCAUCAGACCAUCCUCUGAGGGGUCUGUGCUGACAAGCUCCCGCUGUGGCUGAAGCUGUCUGUCUCCCGUGGCUCUUUCCACUUUUCUCCACGGUUUUCGAAGUUACCUUAAUAUUUGCCUUUACUCUCAACAUGACUGUAUCUCCUUGGUAAGUGCCCAUUGCUCCUUGUAGAAAAUCAGAACUGUUCUUUUUUUGUUGCUUUCAAUGCUAUUUGCCCAAGAUAUGCCUGUAUUUCUCUUCUCCCUCUUUCUCUAACCGUAUUAAAUACACACACACACACACACACACACACAUUAUCCUCAUUGGGGCUUGAACCCACAAACUGUGAGGUCAUGACCGGAGCUGAAGUCAGAUGCUUAACUGGCUGUGCCACCCAGGCGCCCCCUCAUUGUACUUUUUUAAGGCUUGUAAACACCACACGGCUUGAAUUGUUUUAACAUGAUGUGCUUGAGAGCCUGCACCUUUUAAAAGGUAUAUUUAACUCAUUUAUAUUUAUUGGGUUACUCAUAUAAUUGGACUAAUCUGCCAACUUAUUUUGUUCUUUGUGGGUAUCGACCCCUCUCUUUGCUUCUGUUUUGUCCCUCUUUUCUUGCCGUUAGUCUUAUUGACGUGAUUUUCUUGAGAGGCACCCAUUUCAGUGACUGAGGACAGACGCGGCCCCCUCUUUGGAUUCUAGUUCUACCACUUACCAGCUAAGUGUUCUUGGACAAGCACCUCACCUCCAGGUGUCUUUGAUUUUCUCUCUGUAAAACGGGAUAAUAAUAGCCCUUUCUCACAGUGUUUGGGUGAAGAGUAAGUGAAUCAAUGUCUGUGAAGUGUCUGCGGAGAACUAUAUAAUCAUUAGCCUGUGUAUUCAGUUUGUCUCCCUCAAUUUGGUACAUUUUAUGUGUGUGUGUGUCUAUACGAAUAAAGAAUAUUUAUCACUCUUGCAUUUUAGCAUAUUUUUUAUGAUGAAGUCUGAGGUUAUUCAGUGUGUCUGUCCUCUUCCCGAAUGUGACCAGGGUGUCAGCACCUCUUAACUUCCUUCCAGGCCCGCCCCUCACAGCCCCCAUGCUCUGGAAGGUGCUGCUCUGGAGCGGCCGGCUUUGACCUGUGGGGCGUGUAGGUCUUCUGUCUCUGGGAUCUGUCUCACAGAUGGUCCAGCAAGAUUUGUGGAAGAUUCCUAUCUCUUAGCUUGUAGAAUAUUACCCCUCCACAUCAUUUCUGUCCUCCUGCCCAUCCUGGUGGGUGAGUGCUGGACAGACGGGCAUUUAGACGGAACUGUCAGCGGGCACCCUUUCUCCCUGGGCCCCCAUCACCACCAAGGUGGCAGGCUGGUCCGGGGCCGCUGGUUCACACCCUGAACAAGGGGAUGCGAGGUGCUGCUGCCGGGCUGGGCCUCCUGGGGGGCAGCCAGGGGCUGUGGCAGCACAGAAUGCUUGUCAUUUACUGAGCUCGCAAAACCCCAAUCCCAAAGACAAGCGGCUUCCCCUGAUGCCGCUGAGUGAGGACGAGCGAGGACAGGGAAGGGGCCCCGGUGCAGCAGGAAUAACGUCUGGCUCUUUACCUGAAAUCACUUCUGAGUUCUGCAACCACCUUCGCAAAAAAGGGGAAAAAAUUAAAUAGGUCCCAGGAGUGGGUUUUUAACUUUAAUUUUUUUAAGAAUAUAAUUUUAUAUUAGGUUCAUUAUUUUACUUGACUUGACUUGAUUAUUGUUUUCAUCCAGAAACCCAGCUCCAAGCUAAGAUAAAUUUCAACUAAACACUGGAAUAGAAUCCAAUUUAGAUGUUCCACUAAUUCAGGAAACCUAAUUAACUCGGUUCUGCCGUUUGGGUCCGUUUGCCGGGAUGUGAUGUUUCUGUUUGGUAAGCAGAUAAGGAGAUAAAUGGGUCACUGUAUUUAUGACUGCUCAUUAUUCCUUUAAUAUCCACACCGGAGAGUGCGCGUUCUGAUCACAAUUAAAAUGCUUUUAUACCAUUUUAGCAGUAAUUGAGCGAACCCGGCAAUUUGUACUUUGAUUCUCUCAGUUAAGUAAUUGACGAUCACAAGCCAUCAUUGGUUAAUAACACGUUCAAUCACUCGCGUUCUGCUGUGUAUUUAAAAAUAGCUCAGGAGUGCACUGCUAUUCUGCGUGGACAGGGGGGCACCUGUGCACUAACGGUGGCUUCUGGGGGCCACUGCCCGGAGUUCCAGGGAGUGAAGUCUGGCAUGGUCUCCAGGCGGCUGCCGGCAUCACCGCGGAUAAUGCAGCCCCAGGAGUCGCGGCCAUUCCCAAUACCUCCUGAUACGAGCCAACAGGAUAAGCAGGAUGCGGGCAGAGCCCCCCGCAGGUCUGUGGCCAGCCUGCAGCCCGACUGUGGGGCCCAGCUCAGAGAUCGUGGGUGUGCAGACACUUCUACCAGGAGCUCGCCUUCAGGCAAAGGGCGCGCCCCAGAGAGAGCCCGGCCGGGGCUGGAGGGGUGGGGGGGGGUCUGUCCAACUGGCUUCUGGCGUCCUGAGCCUGAACAGCAGCCGCCCCGGAGGGGUCCGCCUGGGGUGCAGGGUGGAGGCACUCUCCUCACUCCCGUGGGUGGGAGGUCCCCAAAAUGCACCUGAACAGGUAGGAUUCCCAGAGGCACGGGGAGCAGACGGCACCCUCACAAGUCAUGUUCCCAGGGUCCAGCUGGGGCCUAGAGAGCCAGCCUGUCCUGGGCAAGGGCACUGGGGGUCCUGCAGGAGGCAGCAGUGGCCACAGGGGGACCCUGUGCCGGGUCCCAGCUGCCCAGCACAGCCUGAGGGACCUGAGGCCAGAGCGCAAAUCCAGAUUUGGGUGGAGACAUCCUGGUGGAAGGCAGAGGGCAGGGGAGGUAUGGAGCCCGUCCACCCACACCCGGCUCUGCCCACUCGGGACCCCGAGCCCCUUCAGGGAGCUGCUGAUCACGGAGCCUGGGGUGCGCUGGGCCGUGUUCCGGAUGUAAUCGUGACCCUGCAGUCGGCGGAGGGAGGCAGGUGCCCCGCGAGGAAGGAUCUGACUCUAGCCCUACAGGAGUGCGAUCACGGAAAUGCCCUGGCCUCUCUCGUGUCCUCUGCUCAAACCCCAAAACAGCUGGCUUGUGGGGAGUUGCUGGCCGCAGCCCCCGUCUCCCCCGGGGCUCGGUGGCACUUUGGGUCGGGUCCGGGCAUGAUGCCUGAGAAAGGGCUCUCGGCUGGGGAACCAGGGGAACCAGGGGAAGAACGUCUGGGGUUAGAGCUUGGCUCGAUGCUGGGGCCUGGUGACCUGGAGACCCCUUUAGCUGCGGGCUCGGCUACCCCAGGCCUGUCUUCUGUUCCCUUCUCUCCUCCUGCCGGGCCCUCUGUGGUGACGGUGAUGCUGUUGUGUGCUAAUGAGGCCUUACUGGUGUCGUUCACAGAGACUCUGCAGCUUCUGGGUGCAGGGGCUCGGUGUGAUCGUCUGUCAGGGACGGAGGGGGAAGGAGAGACAGGCAGUGAACGGAGCCCAAGAAACAGCCGCCGGGUGGCUGGCGGGGAGCUGGCGGGAGGUUAGCGCCGCUGAGGGUGGGCGGGCUGGCACGGAGCUGCCCUGGGGAGGGGCCGCUUCCUGCCCACGAGAGCCUCAUAGACUCUGUCGGCCCCCAGGAGACCAGGCCUGGCCUUGGACAGUUAGGAGGGGUUCCCAGCAGUCCUAAAGAUCAUGUCCGGCUGACGCCGGUCAGAACCCCGCACAGCAGGAGGAGGAAGUGCCUACGUCCCAGACGGCAGACGGCAGCUGGGUCUGCCCGACCAAGCCACCCCGGGUGUGUAACGAGCCGUCCCCGCACCUGCCGUUGUGUCCUGUGGUCCUGGCUGGCCUGGCCGGGCUGUGUGCCCUGCAGGUUGGGGGCUGGGCCUCCGUCCUCCACCGAGGGGGCCCCAGCAGGCGAGCCCGGUGCCGCCCCUGUGCACCUGCCGUGUGGCGCCCAGAACAGCCUGCAGUAGCCCGUGGGGCCGGCUGUCCCUGAGUCUCUGCGGGAGCCCAGUGAGUCGAGGACAGUCCAGCGCAGGGGCGAGUCCAACGCAGGGGAGAGGUUCUGCUUCUUGCUGGGCGCUGCCCCCAGGUCACCGGGCAUUGGGAGGCGUGAGUGGGGGGAGGAAGCCCCCAGCCCUGCUCUGCGGGGUCUGGGAUUCCCUCCUGUGACCGCCUCGUGGCCGUGAGGCCCGGGGAAGACCUCAGCCCCACCCCCCCCGCAUCAGCUUCCCCGAAUGUAGACGGAUAGGAACACAGCCUCGUGCAGAUUAGCCCAGGUGACUAUGUGGGAUUCUUGGCUUCUCGCCUGGCACUCGGGAAUAAUGAAUAAUCCCUCUUUUUGUUGGCGUUGGUCUGAAAAGCUCACACUGUCCAUUAUCAAGAAGGAAUUUGGCAAAUUGUGUUAAACAUCGAGUAUCCUUGGUCUGUAUAAAGUCGAUGCACUUUUUUUUUGGUAAAGAUGUAACUCGGAAAAAUAAAUAGGCAGGAACAGCCGCUGGGCGUGUGUAAGUCGGGAGUUGCUCUUUUAAUGGUGGCGUCGGCGUCGGUCGGGGUGGCCGGACUGGUGGCACCGGCUGCCCCGAGGGCAGAACUCUGUGCGGGCGGCUUGCGGGGGCCACCCCCCCGGGCUCCUGAGGUCGGGGCCACAUGUCCGUCCCCCAGUCUCCGCCGCUACCCUUCAGGAACGUGGCUUCCGGACACGUGUCUCUUCCCAGCUGGAGCACCUCCCUCUCCCUGGGAAGCCGCCACGGCCCGGCCGGGACGCUCGGCACCUGGUCAAUGGAGGGUUUUCUCCUGUCCUCAGCGCUGUGGGAGGAGAGAGUGCCCCCUCCUGCCCGACCAGGCCCAGUCCCCGGAUGCUCCUCGGGCUCUGUCAGCCAUGGAGAUGCCCCGAGAGCUCUGUUUCCAGACCCACCAGCGAGGCCCGGUGCCCCCAGGACCACAUCCUUCGCGGCAGGAUGGGUUUUCAGGGUGCCGUGAGUCCUGACCUGCCCUCACUCAGCGACGUCUUCUGGCCGAAGUGUGCUUGCCCGGCUCUGCUUUGUAGGAAGCAGCCCUGACCCUCCGGUGGACCCCCUUCCAGGCCACGGCCGGUGUAGCCAACAGUGGACAGAAGUCAUUCAGAGAAGGACCAGAGGCUCCAAGAAAGGUCAGGGCAGAGAUGGUCAAAGGGAAAUAGAAAAGUCCACAUUGAGCCCAGUGACCCAGCAAGAGUGAGAGAAAAAACCCCGCUCCAGAGCGUGUCCGGGCCCCUGUGCCUUGUACGCGAUGGUUUCGAGCCUUCACGCCACGGAGGUUCCCACAUUACCCAGGUUUUUACAGACAAGGAAACGAUGCACAAUGUGCGUUUAGUCUUUCAGACGCCGCGCGGCUCGUGCGGGGCCUCAAGGUGGGUGGUGCUCGUGGUGGGAGUCAGGCCUCGCUGAGGGCCACGAGGUGGCGUGGGCGGAGCCCCGUGGUGAGCGGGUCCUGGGGCGCGACCCGCCCGGGGUGUGGGUCGCAGCAGGACGGCGGCCCGGACCCGCGGGGGGAGGGCCACGCGGCUUUACUCUCCAGUGUCUUUCACGCGUGGCUUUCCGUUACUCUGUUUUCUUCAUGUGGCACGUGUCGCUCUUGAAAUUCGUGAGCCGUCAUCGUAGUUUUCAGGAGCACCACCGCUAGCGGCUGGGAGGAGGUGGGAGUAGAAUUGGCG